UAGAUAUCAGCAACCCUUUGCCUUGUUGCAUCAUUUCAUCGUGGUCCAGAAGUGCGCAUGCCCUGAGUCUUUUAUCUUUGAAAGGACCCUCGCCAUUGGUGGAUUAGCACAUGUCUAUAAGUGCCGGCCGGUUUUUACAAGCGCUCUCCACUCCGCUCCGCUCCGUUCGCGCGCACGCCGCUGAUGAAAAGAGCCUGGUUGGUACCUCGGAAAUACUGAGCGUGAAGAGAAAAUCAUGGAGGAGAAGAAGAGCGAAAGCAAUGGGCACGCCGGGCACAAAAGCCUGUUGCCAGCAGUCUCAAUUAAAUCAGAAAAUAAAAGCUUUAAAGACAGGUUAAUAGGCUUCCUCAAAAGAAAUCUCUUAGUGAUCCUGACGGUGUCCGGGGUUCUGGUGGGCGUAGGACUCGGGAUGAUGGUCCGGAACAUGAAUCUCACCCGCGCGCAGAUGACUUAUUUCGCCUUCCCCGGGGAGAUGCUGCUGAGGAUGCUCAAGAUGAUCAUCCUUCCUUUAGUGGUUUGCAGUUUGAUCUCUGGUGCUGCGAGUCUGGACACGCGCUCGCUGGGAAAGCUCGGCGGGAUCGCCGUGUCUUACUUUCUGGUGACCACUCUGAUCGCCUCAUCCAUCGGGGUCGCGCUCGCCUUCAUCAUCAAACCCGGCGUGGGAGCCGGAGCGCUGAACAGCAACAACUUGGGGCUGGAAGGCUUGAGCUCCAACAAAGAGACAGCGGAUUCGUUUUUAGACCUGGCAAGAAACCUGUUUCCAUCCAACCUGGUGGCUGCAGCUUUCCGCUCAUAUAUCACUGAUUACAAAAUGGUUCUUGUUGGAAAUGGAACAAAUGGAACCCUCAUUUACCAGAAGGUUCCCUAUGGAACAGAUGCAGAUGGAAUGAAUAUUCUGGGCCUUGUUCUCUUUGCUAUGGUUUUUGGAGUUGCUUUGAGAAAGCUUGGUACAGAGGGAGAAGAGCUCAUUCGCUUUUUCAAUGCCUUUAAUGAAGCCACUAUGGUAUUGGUGUCAUGGAUCAUGUGGUAUGUGCCAUUUGGCAUCAUGUUCUUGGUUGGCAGUAAGAUUGUGGAAAUGGAAGAUGUGGUUCUGUUGGUCACUAGUUUGGGGAAGUACAUUUUUGCUUCUAUCCUGGGGCAUGUCAUCCAUGGUGGCAUUGUCUUACCUCUUAUCUACUUUGGGUUCACUCGUGAAAACCCCUUCAGUUUCCUGUCAGGCCUUAUCACACCUUUCACCACAGCCUUUGCUACCUGCUCCAGCUCAGCAACCCUACCCACCAUGAUGAAAUGUGUAGAGGAGAACAACGGUGUUGACAAACGAAUCAGUCGGUUUAUUUUACCGAUUGGAGCCACUGUCAACAUGGACGGAGCAGCCAUUUUCCAGUGCGUUGCUGCUGUGUUUAUUGCCCAGCUCAACAACGUUGAACUCAACGCCGGCCAGAUCUUCACAAUCCUGGUGACAGCCACCGCUUCCAGCGUGGGAGCAGCAGGUAUUCCAGCGGGUGGGAUCAUCACCAUCGCUAUCAUUUUGGAGGCCAUUGGUCUGCCCACCCAUGACCUGUCACUCAUGCUGGCUGUGGACUGGAUUGUCGACCGGACCACCACAGUUGUGAACGUGGAGGGGGAUGCCCUCGGUGCUGGAAUACUUCACCAUAUCAAUGAGCGGGAGAUGAAGAAACAACAGCAGCAGCCUCAAGAGGAGCAGGAACUGCAAGAGGUGAAGGUGGAAGUAGUGCCUAAUGUCAAGGCAGAAGAAGAAACCUCCCCUCUCGUCACACACCAGAACCAAGGAGAAAGCUCCUCACAUGAAACACUAAAUGAAAAGGACGGUCUGGAGUCUGUACUGUAAUGUGUUGACUGUGAUCUCCCAUCUCUUUCUUCACACUUUUCUCUCUUUAAAAACCACUACAUGAUGAGUGUGAAGUUUACGUCAAACGUCAAGCUCAUUCCUGUGAAAGGAACACUAAUGGUCAGUUUGCUGUUUUACAUAUAGUUUGGACUGGUUUUUGUUAUGAUAAUCUUAUCCAACUGUGCCAAAAUUAUUUUUUAUAAUAAGAUUGUGUUUGAGAAGAUUGUGUGUCCCAGAUUAUAUGCUAAAUCAAAAAGGGAAUAUUUCCAUUCUGUAAGCAGAGAUGGGUAGUAAUGGAAAUCAUUCACAGACCUCUGGCUCUGUUUGUUUUCUAUAUUUUGACUGACUGUGUGUUAAAAUAUUAACUAUUUCAAAGAUUCACCGGAAAGUAUUUUCUGUAAAUAUUUGUGUCCCUACUGGCAAAUCCUGGUAUAGUCUGGUGAUUUAUUGGGGACUACCGGUAGCCUAUAUCAAAACUGCAUGUGUGAUUGUGAAGUAGCUUACUCCUGUGAUUUCUAGCUGAUUUUAGAGCUUGUAGGUUAUGGUUGGUUUCAGUACAUUCAAAUCUGAUUUAAGUGAUUUAACGCCAAGCUCAGAGAUAGAGACAAAACCCUGGGUCACAUGUGAUAUUCAGCCUGAUGAUGAAACACUGUAUGAUCAAACAUUUCCAGAUAGACCUUCGUUCUCUACAUAAAUUUUUUUUUACCCAAGAACAUCACCCAUGGUAUCUAGUGACAUCUAGUGGUAAGUGGGAUUAUAAACAAAGAACUUGUGACUUUUUUUCGUAAUCUGUUACAGAUGUUUGACGAACUCUAAAAUCCAUUUACUGUAUUAGUGUGUUUUAUAUGCAUUACCUACAUGUACGUUUUUCCACUGUAUUUUAACUCUUAGUUAUCUUGUUACCGGUGUGUCUGCUUACAAUUAAAUCCAAAGUAUGUGUCUCUGAUU